GCUUGAGAGCAUCUAUGUGUAAGCCUCUGUCCUCCCUCCCCUUCUUCUCUCCAUCCCUCUCUCUCUCUCCCUUUCUCUCUCACACACAGACAGGGGCGGUCGUUCUCAGUCUGCGCACAUAUUCCACUUGGCCAGCAUCACUUGGAGUCCACAGACACAGCGCUGAUUGAACUAUCGGAGGGAAGCUCAUUUUCAGAGCGCAUGAUUGCGUUAGAGGGGCUUCAUAGACUUUCAUCGGCCAGAAGCAAAGAGGGAGAGACAGUAAAGGCGUUUCAACCACGCCUUUCAGAGUAAAUAAUCCACAAAAAGGCAGUCCGAGUGUAUAGGAUUUCCCCCAAGUAGCCUUGCCUGAGUUUUUCAAAGGAACAGAGGUUUUAUUUUCAUUUUUGAGAAGAGGGACUCUGAGGAACCGAGCUGUGCGAUGUUCUGUCGACUACUUCUCCGUGCGUAAAAUAAAAGUUUAACACACCGAAGAGAUUCUUUCUGAGGUCUGGGAGCUCGAAAAACAUUUCCACUCUGGGAAUUUUAGCUAAAGCUCUUACUGGACGCGCAGUGGUGGAGGAUAUAAAACUUUUCUGCUGUUUCUGUGGUGAAACACUAAGCGAGGUUGGUCUAACGGAGAGCGAAGGAAUCCUCGUUACUGAGCCGUGAGAAGGGCGCGUAGUACUGGGUAGCGGACUGACCCAAAGGACGGCACCUCGGAGACAAGGUUAUGACGGACCUGAGCUGAACAUGGGGCUUUUUUGGAUAUUGUUAUUGUCUCGUGUUUAUGCUCUUGCCUGGGGCCAAGGAGUUUACGCUCCUGCCAACGCCCAGAUUGUGCACUCGGGCGCAGCAUGUAACGUCAAAGAUGAUAACAUGAGUGAGAGAAUCUACACCAUCAAAGAAGGAGACACACUAGUGCUUCAGUGUAUUGUUAAAGGACAUCCACGACCCCAGGUACGGUGGACGAAGACAGCAGGCAGUGCGUCAGACAAGUUCCAGGAAACAUCCAUCUACAAUGAGACACUACGCAUUGAGGGCAUCCAGAGGGUGCAGGGAGGUCGCUACUACUGCAAGGCUGACAACGGGGUGGGGGUGGCUGCCAUCAAGUCCAUCCGUGUAGAUGUGCAGUAUCUUGAUAUACCAGUUCUGACAGUACACCAGACCAUCAGCGACGUGCGCGGCAGUUACUACCAAGAGAAGACAGUAUUCCUGCGCUGCACCGUCAACUCCAACCCUCCCGCACGCUUCAUCUGGAAACGUGGGGAUAUGCUCAUCGAGCAGAGCAAAGACAAUGGAGUGGACAUUUAUGAGCCUCUUUACACUCAGGGUGAGACCAAGGUGCUGAAGCUGAAGAAUCUCAGACCCAAGGACUUUGCUGAUUAUACCUGUCAGGUGUCAGUCCGCAAUGUGUGUAACAUCAAAGACAAGUCCGUCACCUUCAGGCUGACAAAUGCUACAAGUCCACCAAUGAUCCGACUGUCAGUGAAUGAUACAGUGGUGGUGGAUCCUGGCCAGGAUGUGCGCAUAACCUGUGAGGUCACAGCAGGUUUCCCUCUCCCCAUUGUGACGUGGUCACGUUACCCUGGGCCUCUUCCCCUCAGUGCUCAAGUUCGAGGAGAAUCACUGAUUUUGAGAGCUGUCACACCAGCGGAUGCAGGCUUCUACAACUGCACGGCAGUCAACAAUGUGGGUAACCCUGCACGCAAGAACGUCAACCUCGUUGUGAGAACAAUGAGCAACCUCACCUUCCAAAUUACACCAGACUCUAACAAGGACAGUGAAACCAUUCAAAUGGGUCGUGACCUUAAGCUCUCAUGCCAUGUUGAUGCCACCCCCCAGGACAAGGUCAACUACACCUGGUACAAGAACGGGGCACCAGUCUUCAACUCAGAUAGUCUGAUUUUACUGCGCAGUGACCCAGACAUGGCACCUGGCACCAGCAGUCUGGAGAUUGUGGACAUGAAAUUCAGAGACUUGGCCACCUACAGUUGCAUGGCUAGCUUUUCAGGCAGCACAGUGCGAGAGCUUCGUGUUGAUGUCAACAUUUCUCAAAACAGCGUCUCUCCUCCAGUGCUGACUGUUCCACCCGGACGUCAGGCUGUUAGUGUGCGAGAGGGAGGUAAUGCCGAACUGGUGUGCUUAGUCGUAGAUGGCAAACCACGUCCUCCUAUACUGUGGUCACGGACAGAAAAGGACUUGCUAAUGCCCUCGGGGAAGCCCACAGUGGAGACGCCUGAUGGUCGCUUGAGGCUAAAGAACGUUAGCCGGGACAUGAUGGGGGCAUACAGGUGCCAGACUGCUCCAUACAAUGGGCUUAACAUUAAACGCAGAGAGGCACAGGUUCAACUCAAUGUGCAGUACCCUCCCAUUCUGGACCCAGUCUUUCAAGAUGUCCGUUCCAGGAACUAUCAAAUGGUAACCCUGAGAUGUACAAUCCUACGAUCAAACCCUCCUCGCGUAACAGACAUUCGCUGGUUCCGUAAUGGUGACUUCAUCCGUAUGCCAAUGCCAGACCUGAAGGAGACACCGGAGCUGAAGUUCAAACUGGAACCCACCAACAAUGGCUCUUACGAGUGCCGAGUGAGCAAUACUGAGGGAACAUCAGCAUGCACAUUUAAUGUCUCUGCACAACCAUACAAUGCUGAGUUUUACUUUGAUACACCCAACCCUGUCCGGAUUCUGAAAGGAAACAACUAUUCCUACAAUUUGCAGUGGACACAAAAAGAUCCCGAUGCCACAGAUCGCAUCAUAGGAUACUGGAUUAAUGUUCGAAAGAACAAGCAAAACCUGCUGUCAAAACAAAUAGACCUCAAGGGUAAGGCACCAGAAAAGGGUGUUCUGUUGUCCUACGCAGUAUCAGACCUGAAAAUCCCUCUGUCCUACGAGGUCCGGCUGGCCCCUAUUACCACCUACAGCACUGGGGACUAUGUCAGUCGAAUCAUCCAGUAUUCAGAACCCUACACUUACCCAAGACCUUCAGACCAUGUGUGUGGCUUUGAAGAUGAGCGCAUAUGUGGCUUCUCUCAAGACCGGAGUGAUAUCUUUGACUGGACGAGACAAAAUCACCUGACGCAGAAUCCCAAGCGGUCUGCGAACACCGGGCCAGACACUGACCGCAGUGGAACAAAGGAGGGCUACUACAUGUACAUUGAAGCAUCACGCCCACGUACUCAGGGUGACAAGGCUCUUCUUCUAUCGCCACUUUUUAAUAUUACCUCAAGCAAGGGCCCCAAAGGAAGAGUCCCAUACUGCGUCUCCUUCUACUAUCACAUGAAGGGCAAACACAUUGGUACUCUCAAUGUUUAUCUGCGAGUGAGAAGCAUUGCCUCUGUGGACCGAGCAAUGUGGACAAAAUCUGGUCAUCAAGGCCCAGACUGGAAGAAAGCAUUCUUUGACGUUACCCCCAGUGGACCCUUUCAGAUUGUGUUUGAAGGAAUUCGAGGCUCGGGUUUUGAGGGGGAUAUUGCCAUUGACGACGUGUCUAUCACCAGAGGAGAGUGCAAGCAACAAAACACUGUAGCCAACGCAGGUAAGACAGUUCUGAUCGGAGGAUCACACCCACUCCCACUGGCUAAAUGGCUGACCUUUGGCCUCUCCUGCUUUGUUUCACUACUCUUCAGAUGAUGAGCACUCCCCAUAGCACCACCAACUGUCUGUGCUGACAGACACUGCCCUGACUUGCGCUCUUUUACUUCUCUCUCUUCCCCUGUACCUGUCUUUUCCUCUGCGUACCUGUCCAUUUACUUGUCUGUCCUCUUCAGUUAUUGUCUUGCUGUCCUUCAUGCAUCCAACAAGAAACACUAUGUAUUUGUCUAUCUUCUUGUCCUCUGCUCUUUUUUUUAAAUAUUUCACCUAUUCGCUUCAUAUAACCAACCAAUGCUCAUACUGUAUUUAAGGUUAACAUACUUAAUGGUCUUUGACAUAGAGACUUGGAAUUCCCUCCUUUAUCCCUUGAUUAGAUUCUCUUUAUCCAUGUCAGUGUGUCACUUUGUCAACUUUGUCUUUUUUCUCUCCUUUGUCAUCCUUCGUGGUCCAUAUGUGCACCCUUCAUGUAUCUUCACUCCCUUGAACCGCUAUCCUCGGAAGUCCUUCCACCCUAUUCCCCAGACACACCAAAGUGUCGGACACACAACCAAAGAUGACAAAGGACCUGAGGGAAUGAAAUGGGGGAACGGGGAUUCUAGGAAGAAAGUUAAAGAAAGAGCGAGAGAAAAGGGAAAGUGGUCAAAACAACCUUUUCCACAAAGACCGUCUCCCUUCCGGACCAGCCUUUGGCACCAUGGGAGCUACUGAUUGAUAAGGAGACACUAAAAACUGAUGACUGAAUGAAUAAAUAAAUAAAUAAAUCAUUGAGGAAAUGACAAACCAGGACUGAGGAUAAAAGAAGGGUGUCCUUGGUAGCCUCUUGGUAGCCUCUCUGCUUGCCACAAGAGACGAACCUCAUACGUGUACAUUUAUCUUAUAUAUAUAUAUAUAUAUAUACAUAUAUAUAAAUAAAUAUAUAUAUUAAAUAAAAUGAAGGUUAAACAAAAACACAGCUAGGGCAGUGGAGGACUUUACAAAGUGAAAUUAAAGAAGCACAACGUUUAUACAACCUCUGCUGUUCCUUUGGAUUUUAUUCAAUUUCUUAUGUGAUAUUGCAAUUUGUCAGACCUAUUUAGUGUUUUUGAUAUUUGCUUUUUUGUUUUGUUAUGGCAUCAUGAGGGUCAAGGUAAUUAAAGUAUUACAUUCAUAUUUAUGAGAGGCAGAGAGGAUGAUUUGUGAUCCUGACUGAGCACGUGAAUGGAAAUGCAAAGAUGACCCAAACCAUCUGGUAACCUCAAAUUUUCUUCGCAGAUACAGAUGAGUACACAUAUACACCCAGACGUAAACAAAUGAACACUCAGUUUUCAUUGCUGACAUCACAGUCAAACACAUGUCAUCCGACGAGGAACACAGAAGGAAAACCUUGGCUGGUAGAUACAACUUCUUUUUCAUAAACUUCUUUUUACUAGAUAUAGGAGUCAAAUAUCUGAAUUAAUCAGAACACAGCAGGCAGACGUGCCUCAAACAUAAAGCAAAUUGUGGUGUUUUAUGGGAAAUGGAUAAGCGCCUGGAGUAAGUUUCAGCAGUUCUUCUUUCGCGGGUUAUUGAAUGUCAUGUAUGGAUUUCCCCUACCCAAUGCAUCAAAGGUGGAGAAGAUUAGCAGUCUCUGCCAGAUGUGCAGUGUGGAUUGAAUAAUACAUUCUUUGUUUAAUUACUGAAUGUCUGUAUUAUAAGCACUUCUCAUAGUCCCAUAGAUAUGAUUGUUAAAAUUAAGCAAUACUCAUAUCUAUAUAUCUACAUAAUUGUUCUCAUUGCAUUUAAAAUUAUUCUGAAAAAAAUCAUUGUGUCCAAAGCACAGCAGAAAGGCUUUAUCUGUCAUCUUUCAUCAAUUAUUGCAGUUACCAGUGUAAUUCUGGUAAUUGUAGCCAUUUAAAUUUUUAGUGUGCUUCAGUUUUUCUGUACUGUGCUUCAGCUGUUUCAAAAAACUCCAUAUUUCCAGCCACUAUGCUGAUCAUCUUCAUCACCAUGUGUAAUGGUAUUCAUCUCUUUUCUCUGCAUUAUGUCACAGCGAGUUCAUUAUUGAAUUUAUUUCACUUUUUUUGUUUAUAUCUGUUUUCUUUGUUGUAGUUGGUAAAUCAUAUACAUUAUUCAUAAUUUUUUUUCAUUCAUAAAUAGAAGAGAUUAUGUGCCUAUUUAGACUUCUGUGCGCGGCAAUCCUGCUCGCACAGCUUAUGUGUAUAACAUCAUAUUGUGUAAUUGCUGCAAAGUUGUGCAACACAUGUAGGAUAUCUCUGUGAAACACCACAGACAGCACUGUAUUAUAUGAACACUGAAGCCCUUUGAAGCCUACUCUAAGCAAAUCAUCAUAUUGCAAAAAUAGUCCUGUAUCUUAGCUUUAGCUUUGUCGUCAUCCAUUUACUUUGAUCUGAUAAGUGCAUCUGAUGGAUGAGUUAAUUCAAAUUACUUGAUGGGGAAUUCCAGGGAGAUGCUUUCUUGUAAAUGUAGAUUGUUCAUUCUGCAAGUGGCCUAAAAUAUUUUCAGUUCCUGGUAAUGUCUUCAAAAUAGCCAUCAAUUUAUAGAACACAACACAGCAUAUUGGCUCUUUUUGUUUUGUUUUGUUUUUUUCUGCAUUGAUUUCAUUGUCUCCCCACCUCGUCUGUAGGCAAAUGCGUUACAUGAGGCAUUCAUAUCAGCUUAAGUUGUAUAGCAUCAUCAGAAGCAUUAAUGAGCACAAUAACAGUGCAGUAGAUAAUGCACUUUAGAAAUAUGACUAAGCAUUGCUAUAUGUGGCAUUUUAUCAUGCUAACAUCAUAUCAUUCCUCAUAGUUCUUUGUCCUUAGAAAUAACAAGGUAAACACUGUUAGAACUGCAAGUUAAAGAUGGAAGUCGUAUGAUGCAUUAUCUUUUUCACAAAGAGAUGCAAAUGCUUUUCAUUUUUUGUUUCCAUGACAACUUAUAAUGAAAGGCAAAGCCAUCAUAUUAGUGGUCCCACAUAGGAAUAAAAUGUUAACACAUAAAGAUACAUAUUUUAUUAUUAUUUAGUAUUCCCUGAUUAAAAAUCAAUGUAUUACUUUUUGAUUUAAGUAUGUUUGACACAAAAUAAUACAUUUUGAGAAAUACAAUUAGAUUAAUUCUGAAAACUGUCUUGGGUCACUUUAGGCAAACACAAUAUUUAAAGAUUUACAAAAUUUGUAUUUUUUAUCCAACAAGUUUUGCACCUUACUGUUACUGGCAGCACUCGAUCCCUGUUUAAAUCUAAAUUGGAAAAAACAAACUUUUAAUUAAAUGGCUUUAUGUUUGUAUUUGUUUUUAUAUAAACAAUUAUAAUGAUCCUUUAGUUACUAUCCAUUGAUUCCUUUUAAUAUUUUGAGUGUAAUCACACAUGUAGUAACAGUUUGGACAUGUAUUUAGGCUAGAUAAAAAAGUAAGCUUUGCAUACAUCUUCCAUAAUAAAAUGACAUGCUGGUUACAUGC